CGGUAGAUUAUCUUUAUUGUACGUGCCCAGGUUUUGUUCUCUAUGGAGCUACUGAUCACUUGGAACAGUUACGUAGGUUGAAUUUUGCCGCAAAACAUAAUCAUCGAAGUUGGAACUCGAUUUGCUCGACGACAGUCUCAAGUUACAUUGUAAUUCGGCUGCGAUUGUUGAGCCCUGUCUGUUGGACUUCUUAAUUAAGAAGGAGCGAUCUUGUUUGUAAAACCAAACAGUCUAACUGUGAGUUUGAAAUGCCGGCAUUUGCGGAGGGCGAAAGUUCGGUGGAUGGUAAGCAGUUGCUUUCAAAGGAAAUGCAGUCCAACGCAGAUCUUUGGGGCGUGGCAUCAAACAACAAUGCCUUGGUCUCCAUUCCGGAGUACUUCACGGACAAGUCCAUUUUGAUCACGGGGGCGACAGGUUUCAUCGGCAAGGUGUUGGUGGAGAAACUGCUACGGUCGUGCUCUGCUCUGAAAACCAUCUACCUCCUAGUCCGGCCCAAGGCUGGCCAAACGGCCGUCAAUAGACUCCACACAAUCACCAAGUCCAGACUGUUCGACAGAAUCAGAGAAGAGAACCCGGACGUCCUGGAUAAACUGGUGACGAUAGAGGGCGACAUUAUGGAGCCCAAUCUGGGCAUCUCGGACGAGGAUGUCGCAAGGCUGCAAGAGGAGGUUCAGAUUAUUUACCACAGCGCCGCCACGGUCCGGUUCGACGAAAAACUUGGUCUUUCCUUAAAGCUCAACGUGGGCUCGGUGCAGAAGAUGCUUCAACUAGCCCAAGGAAUGAAGAAACUUGAGGUAUUCCUGCACGUGUCAACGGCGUACGCAAACUGCGACAGGAAAAAGAUCGAAGAAGUUGUAUACCCUCCGCCCAUGGACCCCUACAAGCUCAUGAAUGCCACCGAAUGGAUGGAUGAGGACAUGCUUGCGACCAUCACACCAAAAAUCAUCGGUAACCGACCCAACACCUACACAUUCACCAAGGCGCUAGGGGAGUAUGUACUGUUACAAGAAGGGGGUGGGCUACCGAUCUGCAUCGUACGGCCGUCCAUUGUCGGCGCUGGCUGGAAGGAACCAGUUCCGGGAUGGAUCGACAAUUUCAAUGGGCCCAGUGGACUAUUCAUUGCAACUGGCAUGGGUCUGCUUCGGUCCAUGCUUGCCGACUCUGACGCCAUCGCAGACAUCUCACCGGUUGAUUAUGUAGUCAAUACGUUGAUUGCUGCUUCCUGGCACACGGGACUUCACAGACCAGCCACGACGCCCAUCUACAACUGCGUCACCAGUUCCACCAACCCCUCAAAGUGGGAAGUCAUCGACAACAUUCCACAUUACUACACAAAAACACCCCUUGAAGUGGCGUUCAGAAGACCGAAUGCCGCAUUCACGCAGAACCCUAUCGUGCACAAAUACUGGAACAUUAUUGGGUCUAAGAUACCAGCCUACUUCAUGGAUUUAGCACUGCAACUGAGAGGCCAGAAACCAAGGAUGGUGAAGAUGGUCGACCGUAUCUACAAGACGGUUGAGACCCUUAAGUACUUCACCAUGCACCACUGGGAGUGGAGCAAUCACAAUCUGGAGGCGGUGCAAGCUCUCAUGUCUGAAGAAGAUAAGAAGAAAUUCUACCUUGACGUGCGUCCUCUCCACUGGGAAUCCUACAUCGAGGCGUACUGCAUCGGCACCAAACGCUUUGUGCUCAAUGAAGAUAUCAAUUCAUUACACGUAGCAAGGAGAAAUAUCAAAAUCCUGCGCAACAUCCGUUGGACGUUCAACACAGUCCUGCUGGUCCUCAUCUGGCGAUUCCUCAUCGCCCGCUCCCAGAUCGCUCAGAACCUCUGGUACUUUGUCACCAAUCUCUUCUUCAAAUUCCUUCGGUACUGCCGUGCCACCAGCUCCACCCACUAGAAGAGAAACCCUUCCUACUAGAAAGGAAGCGCCCCUCAGAGAAGCGGUAUCCACUAGAAGAGAAGCCCCUCCCACAAAUAGCUGUGCGGCACCCAUGAGAGGAGAAGGUCCUCCAACAAGAAGCUGAGCCCGUCCUAUUUUAAGCUAAUCAACUCCCACUAGAGGAGAAGCCCCGCCCACUAGAGGAGAAGCCCCUCCCACUAGAAGAGAAGCCCCUCCUACAAAUAAAUAUGCGACACCCAUGAGAGGAGAAGCUCCUCCAACGAGAAGCUGAGCCCUUCCUAUUUUAAGCUAAUCAACUCCCACUAGAGGAAAAGCCCCUCCCACUAGAGGAGAUGCCCCUCCCACUAGAAGAAAAGCCGCUCCCACAAGAAGACAAACUCAUCCCACAAUUAACUAUGCAGAAAAAAA